GAGCUGAAGAAGUACAGAGCCAAGAGCAAACCUGCCAGGAUGCAGAAAAGUCAGACACUUCACCUGUUGCUGGGAAGAAGGCCAGCCAUGAUGGACCCAAGAGAAAGGGAUUUCUUCUUAGCAAGUUCAGAUCAGCAACCAGAGGAGAAAUCAUAACUCCCAAAACUCAAAGUGGGCGGAGCUAUAGCUUGGAUUUAGACGGUCAACAUUUUAGGAGUUUAAAGUCAGCUCCUGGUUCAGACAGAGGAGGCUUCAGCUCAUCAGAUCUCAAUGACCAGGAAGCUGGUUCUAGGACCCCAAAGAGCAGUAGGAGCAGUGGUGUGACCCCAGUCACUCAGAGGUCUCUAGCCCCAAGCACACGAAGUGUGACCUCGGUCAUCAGUAGAGAGUAUAUGGUUUCAGAAAAUUCCACAGAUUUGGCUGCUUUAGAGAGUACCUCUCAGGAGUUCAAAGAGUCACCGCAGGAACUUACUUCUGGCACACCUUCCAUAGUCAUCUGGAACCUCUCUCCUCAGGUGGAUCAGAGCCGAUCUGAGUUAGUAGUGGAGUCAUUUGCAAGGAGCUUAGAGGAUACAGUAAGCAUAAAACAGUCUGUCCUGGGACUUUUGACAAGGUAAGACUCCUUGGAAAGACUGGAAAGCAUUGAUGCCUUAGUGUCCUCAUAGUUAUCACAAACCACUUUGAUCAUGGAAGGAAGUGGCCUAUCAACUACCAGUCUUAACAGCAUGAUGAGCGUUUACAGUGAAACCGGAGACUAUGGCAACGUGAAAGUCAGUGGUGAAAUCCUUCUCCAUAUCAGCUACUGCUACAAAACUGAGUGGGCUCUACAUUUUCGUCAGAAUUACAGAAAUCUGGCCAUAGGAGAUGAAAAGCAGAGGACAGAUGCUUAUGUCAAGUCAUACCUUCUUCCUGACAAGUCCGGAACAACAAGUAAGACCAAAAUCAGAACAGGCACCACAGAAUUCAAUGAAACACUAAAGUACACCAUCAGCCAUACCCAGCUGGAAACAAGAACUCUGCAGCUGUCAGUCUGGCACUAUGAUCAGUUGGGCGUAAUAAGCUUCCUCGAAGUAGAGAUUCCUUUUGACUCAUGGAACUUUGAAAAUCCAGCUGAUGAGUGGUUUGUGCUUCAGCCCAAGGUGGGUUUUGCUCCUGAUAUUGGCCUUCAAUACAAAGGAGAGCUGACAGUUGUUUUGCGUUACAUUCCGGAAGAGGAAUUUUUUAUGCUUCCACCAGAACAACUCCAAGGAAAUAAGACUUUUAAAGGGAAAGAAGGAGUGUCACCUGUAAUCUCUGGAGGGGAAUACUAGAAGUGUUCAUCAAAGGCAAAAAAGGAAUUUGACAGCGAGAGGAAGUGAAGUCAGGGAGGCACUUCUGAUAGCUGUGAAGGCUACCUGCUCCCUGAUGAUAGCAAAGCCACCAAGCACAAAACUCUGGUAAUAAAAAAGAGUGUUAACCCUCAGUGGAAUCAUACAUUCAUGUUCAGUGGCAUCCAUCCCCAGGAUAUAAAGAAUGUUUGCCUAGAACUUACCAUCUGGGACAAGGAGGCCUUUUCCAGCAACAUUUUUCUGGGAGGAGUUCGUUUGAAUUCUGGAAGUGGUGUGAGCCAUGGGAAGAACGUGGAUUGGAUGGACUCUCAGGGGGAAGAGCAGCGCCUUUGGCAGAAGAUGGCCAACAACCCUGGAACUCCUUUUGAGGGUGUACUCAUGCUUCGUUCCAGCAUGGGAAAGUGUAGACUCUAGAGGGACCAGUUCUCCAAGAAUGAGGCCACCGGGGCCUAUCUGGCUGUCUUUUCCUACCAGUAGCAAACUGAGACCUGGGAUUCUGCUUCCCUGCCAUUUCUCAUCUGACAGUAUUGGGACAUGAAGGGAGAGACGUCAGUAGUAUGAACAUUUAGGGUCUUGUUGAGUGCCUAAAAAACAUAUAUUUUCUUCCAAUCGGGGCUUCUUGAUUGGAUGAUAGAAAGUGCACUACUCUGUCCUGUCAACGAGCAAAUUGUGCAAAGGUUUAUAGGGUUUAUACCAUAAAAGAAAUGGCACAAGCUCAUUUGAAACUACAAUUGAGAUUGGGGUCCUCCAUUUGCUAAUUAUAAGUUACUUUAGAUUUCCUCAAAUCCUCUGAAGAGAAAGGGGACCACUGAGAAGGUAGAUUACUUGAAAAGUUAGAAGAAAUGAUACUGGCCAACUGUUGCUCACCCUAGGAAUCCACAUGCUCUCAAGAAGGCAUUGUGGGGAUGGUUGCUUGAGCAAGGGGAUUGUCCUGUUAUUGCAGCAAACUUGUGGUUUAACCAAGUAGUAUUUCAAGAUGGACUGACAGGGCUUUCUAUGAUUACUAUAGAAUUUAUCAUCUAAAUCAGUUUAUUUUUGAGAACAAAGAGAGCUAAAUAACUACAUCAGAACAAUUGAUGUUGAUUAGAAUUGACCUGGGAAAAUUGGGAUGUAGGGUCACCUUACUGAUGACCUAAGAGAGCUCUGUUGUAAACAUUUAUUUUAUAAAAUGCUCUAAGCCAUUAACUAAAAGGGAAUGAGAAAUAAUGGUCAAUUGAUGUACCUUUUCACAUUGUGUUCACUAAUGAGACUAGUUUAAUGAAAAAGGAGGUACUCUACCUGCUAUUUUACUUCUGUUUCUCUUCUGCCCUGUUAUGGGAGAGAAUCAAAGACUCCAUCUGCUCUCUGCCCCCUUGUUUUCUCCUUCGCUGAGUUUUUCUUAUCUCCUUUUGCAGUGGUUAACUAUUGUCACAAUAAUGCUAAAUGAAAAAAAACACACCAAAUGUCAGUGGCUUAAAAUGACAAUCCUUUUUCUCAUAGUUCUGAAGACUGGCUAUGGCACCUCUGCUUCCUGCUACAGGCCUGAGGUUCUAGGUUGGCUUCUUAUGCCUCAUCCUCUUUGAGCCCAAGGGAUAGCCAGAGCAUCUGGAUGGCAGAAGUGCAAUAGGAUGAGCCCCACUGCUCGGGUACAUUUUCAGCCCCUGGUUGUGUCAUGUCUACUGAUAUCUCAUUGGUCAAAGGAAGUCAGAUGGCCAAGAUGAAGAGGCAGGGAAAUAUACACUUCCCACAAUGAAGCCAUGACCAGAGUGAGGAUGCAGGAAGGGAUGAAGAAUUGGGGCCAACAGUUCAAUCUACCAUAUCUUCUCUCACUUGGAAUUCCAGAUGCUUGAGCCACGAAACUUAGAUGCAAAGAAAGUUAAAGCUAGAAGGAACCUCAGGCCCAGUUCCUCAUUUUGCAGAUUCCAAACGUGAAUUUCAGAGAGCUGAGAUAACUUGCCCAAGGCCAUAUAGAGGCUGUGACUAAAUCUGGACUUAAAUCCAGGCUAUCGAUCUUAGGCCAGUGUUCUUUUUUCACUGCAGUCCUUGGCAUAAUGCUAUGCUUUUUAAGGUGGAUAAGAGGGCAUAUGUCAAGAAAUUUGGAGCAGAGUCCAAUUACUUGAGCAUGAACAUACCUGACCAAGGUAUGUUCUGGAGUCAUAUUCUAGCCUCUGAGCUCAUUUUUUUCAUAUGAAUUCAUAUAAAAUCCUCGAAAGUUUAGAAACUGAGUUUUAGUAGUAACAGAGCUAGAAUCAGCUUCAGGCUUAUUUCUGCUAGUUGUUCCAUAUUUCUAGAUUUCCUCUUGAAUUUUGAAAACUGAUUUAAGAAUAUAUUUAGUAUUAUUAUUAGUAAGGGAAUAAGCAAUCCGAUUUCAAUUUUAUUCAGAAAUAGGUCACCUAAUUCUAGAAAAUGGUUAUUAGUCUAGUGUCGCUUAGCAAGGUACUUAAAAGAAAAAACUGCACAUAUCCCUGUGCUGCCCUUCUUAAAAACAGAAAACAAAAAGUGUAAGAUCAUCAUUGCUUCCCACAUAGGAAAAAUAAAAUGUCUUCAGACUUGA